UUUUUUUUUUUUUUGAUAAAAGUCCAAAAACGUAUUCAACAAAAGUUUAAUGAUCUCAUUGAUUUCCAUAUCUCUAAGUCUAACUUUUUUCAUAUAUUCAUAUGAUAUGAUGUGAUUCGUACAACAACAAUAUGACAGCCAUAGCCAUACCCGAAUUCAAAAUUAUUCUCUGCGGUGAUUAUGGUGUUGGAAAAACAUCAAUAUUUCGAAGAUUUCUAAACGAUACAUUCAUUGAUACAUCAAAAUUAUCGCGCACUCAAACAAGACAAUCUACACUUGGAUUGGAUCAAUACAGCCGUGAUUUCGAAGUACAUAGUAGCAAUGGAUUUCGUAAGAUUAAAAUUCAACUUUGGGAUACUGGUGGAUUGGAACGUGUGGCUAGUAUAACCAAUUCGUAUUAUAAAUUUUCUGAAGCUGCUUUAUUAGUGUUCGAUAUGAGUUCAUUGGAAACAUUUCAUAGUGUAUCACAUCAUCUGCUCGAAAUAUUGAGUAUGGCAGAGAAUGCAAAAAUAUUUUUAAUUGCAAAUAAAUCCGACCUAAAACAUCAACGUCAAGUGAGCGAUGAAGAUAUUGAAUUAUUCGUCGAACAAUUUCCUAAAAUAAAUGGAUUCUUUCAAAUUAGUGCCAAAACCAAUGAAAAUAUCCAGGAAAUGUGGUCAGAUAUAAGUGAAAAAUUGGCUGUUGGAGCAUAUUCAGCCAAUGCUGGAGCUUUUAAACUACAUCAUACCAUUUAUGAUGAUGAUGAUGGUAAUGGUAAUGUCCAUACGACAAGUACAAGUUGUUGUUCUUGACUGAAUGUUGUAAUUUAAAUCAAAUUAAAUGUGUGUUGAUAACUUUUUCGUUGAAUAAUCAUCAUAUAAUAUAAAAUAA